AUUAAAUCAGGGGGGCUUAAGAAGAGAAUUAAAGAAGAAAUUUCGAACUCUAUAUGAACGAAUGCACAAGCGACAUGCAAUUAAACACAACCAACUGUGAACAGUUGAUUAUACAACACCAAUUCUUCAGAGGCCAAGAUGAAUCUCAAGCUUCAACUUUAGAUGCCAUCCAAUUAAUACAUCUUGACAUGAAUGGGUCUCCAGCGUCACAUGCCUUCCAUCAGCAACCAAAAAUGAUGGAUCGUGUGAGAAACUCAUCAGGCAUAAUUCUCAUAAUAUUCGCCGAUAGUCAGGUGUACAUUUGAAAAAACGGUUUAAAUUGUAAACAAUAUCACAGAUGUUAUGGAUAACAAUUUGCUGAGACUUAAUGAGACAGAUGCCAUUCUUCUAAACAGUUCAGCAUAUGGCACGGAAGAGGAACAAGAAUGGACCGAUAUCUUUUUCCUUAUAAUCAAAAUUAUCUUGAUGAGUACCAUUAUAAUAAGUGCAAUAUUAGGAAAUCUGCUUGUCAUCGUAUCUGUGAUGCGACAUAAAAAACUUCGAAUAAUAACAAAUUAUUUCGUAGUGUCUCUAGCUCUUGCCGACAUGCUUGUUGCCAUGGUCGCGAUGACUUUUAACUUUUUAAACCAAGUAUACGGAAAAUGGGUAUUUGGAUACUUCAUGUGUGACUUUUGGAACUCCAUGGAUGUAUAUUUUUCGACUGCUUCCAUAUUACAUCUGUGUUGUAUUAGUGUUGAUCGAUAUUAUGCAAUUGUAAAACCGUUAAGGUAUCCAAUUAAUAUGACUAAGCGAGUAGUAGCCAUAAUGCUCGUAUGUACAUGGGUUUGCCCUGCCGUUAUUAGUUUUGUGCCUAUAUUUAAAGGUUGGUACACCACACAAGGGCAUCAGGAAUUCAGGAAGCAGCAUCCUGAUAUCUGUGAUUUUCGAGUGAACAAACCAUAUGCCGUAAUAAGUAGCAGCAUAUCCUUUUGGAUACCCUGCACCAUAAUGGUUUUUACGUAUUUAGCAAUAUUUAGAGAAGCGAAUCGACAAGAAAAGGAACUCUACAAUCGUCACGGAAACGCUCUUCUACUACACCAAAAUAAUACAAAUGGCGACAUGCUCUCAAAUUCUGGCGGCUCAUCGAAGAAUUUAACUCUCCACGAGGUUAAUCAAGAUCUUCAUCAUACACCUACUAAAGAGAGGAACUUGAUGAAAUUAAAGCGUGAACAUAAAGCCGCGCGAACUUUAGGUAUAAUCAUGGGAGCCUUCAUCCUGUGUUGGCUUCCCUUCUUCCUGUGGUACGUGAUAACUUCUUUGUGUGAUUGGUGCGAAACUCCUGAAAUCGUGAUUGCCAUAGUGUUUUGGAUCGGUUACUUUAACUCGUCAUUGAACCCGCUUAUCUACGCUUACUUCAAUCGUGACUUUCGGGAAGCUUUCAAAAAUACUUUAAAGUGUGCUUUCUGCAGUUACUGCAGGCGUAGGCCUUCUGACUUGGAGGCGCUGGACAUACGUCGACCUUCCUUGCGUUAUGACGAUCGAACGCGUAGUGUUUAUUCAGAAACGUACUUGAAAAACAUUGACAGAAGAUGCUCCGAAUAUGGAUCGAGUCUUUGAGUAGAUCUUACUAGUAGUAGGCUUACUACGACAAGUUUCUAAACCUGCUACUAGUAAAUGACAAGUGUGGUUUUUGUAAUUCGCCGAAUCGCCCCGCUUCGAAACAAUUAAGUCUAGUUCCAAGUAAUAUAUGGUGCUAUUUUUUAAUGAAUGACAGCACUUUUUUGAGUGAUAUUGUGAUAAUAAGUGCGAAAAGGCAGAAAGCAAAACGACAGGCCAUUAUACUGAGAGAACCCGUUUAAAGCCUCCAAAAAUCAAAAGCAAUAUUGUCAGUAAAUCCUACCGUUAUUCAACUAAAAGGCCUACUUAAACAGUUUGUUAUAAUAAUUAUUAUGUUGAUAAAGCAUUUUUCAAAACAAAAAAAAAACAAUAUGAAUGCAGUUACACAAUGUUUACUGACUAAUCACUUUCAAAUAUUAUAUGGCUGUUGGGAUAUAUUUUCCGAAUUCUGAAAAUAUUGUUAUAAUUAAUGCAGAUAUUUACACUUACAUGCGAUUUAAUUGAUUUAUAAUUAGUUAAAGAUAAUUGUGUCUACACUGAAAUCGUAUCGAUGCGAUAUUUACAUUAUUAAAUUAAAUUUUUCUGAUUUGAUUUCGUGUGGUUUUGAACGACUGAUAAAUAAUAAUUGAUAAAAUUAGUAAGACUGCAUUAUUUUAAUUGAAAUGCGAUUUACUAAACGUUAUUUAAAAAAUGGUUAAUCAUUUAGGCCUUUUAGUUACCUUUUUAAUAACCUAUUGAAGCAAUCUUUUCAAGAGUGAUGUCAUUUCUUGUUAAGCUGUCUACUAACUUAGGAUGUAAAUAAAGUGCAUGCAUACAUGUAUGCACCCGUACACAAUAUAUUAUACUCAUCUGUAAAAUAUUCAAAUGUUACUACUACCUAAGUAUUGCUCUCGCAUGGUGUUAAAUUAGAAUGUAUAUUAAUACUAUUUAUACUUAUGGUAAUCAAUAACAGUAGACAUCUUUAUGUUAACUAAUUCUGCAAUGUGAUUACUGUACUCUGCUUCAAUUUUUUCAUUAAUUUUAUUAAUUAAGGGUUUGGUUCAUUAAACGAUAUUAUCAAAAUUAUUAGGUAAUCGUUCAAGCUAUAAAUAUCCCACAAAUGAUUCUGGUUUCAAAUUUAACCUAACCAUUGUGUUGCAUUUUGUAACAGAAUCUUGCUGAUAUUCCACUAAUCUGGACGUUCUUUUGCAAGGAUUUUUAGCUACAUUCUGUUGUAGUUAUUUCAAUUGCAUUGAUAAAAAGAAGAUUUAGUGAUAUUGAUCGUGAACGGAAAUUGAAGCAGUUCUUGAAAAUUACAAUAUAUAGGUAAUUAAUAUGAAUGAGAUAAUAGGGGAAACCAUUUUCGGAAAUUAAUACACGCUAAUAAAGUUAUGAAACCUAUUAUCGUCAAUUACAUUAAUUUCUAUUAAAAACAUGAUAAUUCGGGUGAAAAUGGCAUGAAUACAAAACGAUGAUUCGCCCUCGAAUGCAACUAAUAAUGAUAUAGGUAUACAACAAUUUGGUGCAAGUGGCUGAAAAUUAAUUGGAUAGCUGAAAUUGUUUAUAAAAUGACUAAAGAUACGAGGGGUGAUUGAUAAGUACCGUGUUCUUUUUGAGACAAUUGUAUCUUCUUACAUCGACACACUUAGCUCCAACUUUUUUAAGCUCUCCGAAAAGUACUUUUUGUCAAACUGCGAAAUAUUACUCAGUUUUAGUAAAGAGGAGGUCAUUUCCGGCCGAUCGAACUGUUGGUGCAUGUUUUUGCGUGCAGUCCACUGGUUUGACUGUUCUUUAAUUUCAGGCGUAUAGUGACCUAUCCAGUCAGUCACAGUCACAUAGCGGCACAGAAACGCCUUCGGAUUGCGCUUAAGCAGGUCCAAAUUCUGCUGUGAAUUGGUCAUUCAACGCGGCAUCCAUCUUGACAAUAGCUUUACCAUGCCCAAAUGAAAUAUAUUCUGCGUAUGUUUAUAUGAGAUGCCUAUGAUCUCUACAAUCUCUCUUAUGUUCAUUCGCGGGUCUGCCUUAACGCUUUUCGUCUACGACGGACGUAUGAUCACGCUUGAAUUUAUUGAACCAAUAUCGGUUGUUGUCUUCGCAUGGAGUCCCCAUGAGGGAUGUCCAAGUUUCCUUUAAUUUCCGUACACGUCUUCCCAUACAAAAACAAGAGUCUAGUCAUCAAUCGCUAUUGCACUUUUUCCAUAAUUAGAAAAAUCUGUCAUCUGUAUUCAAACGCGGAUACUUAUCAAUCACCCCUCGUAGUAGAAUCUGUACCUGAUUUCAUAAUGCUUAAUACACUGCGGUGUUUUUGCUCUCAAUUUAUUUUAUAAUGCAGUGAAUUUUCGGAUUUAUUAUGUUUUAGGUUAUAAACUGAUCUAAUGCUAUGAAUCAAAAUUCCACAUAAAACGUAAAAACAUAGUCUAACAGUUGGUUACAAAAAUGCGAACUGAUCGAAUAUAGUUUCUAUUUUUUUCAUAAGAUUCGUCUAAGAUAGUUGCCAUUUUGUAGAAGUCAUUGCUGCUGCAAAUAGGGUGGUAAAGGUCUUUUCCGUAAAUAAAAAUGAUCGAUUACAGUUCUGCAAAUUUGUAUAUUGUUUCAUUUAUAGCUUAUGAAAUUGUUUAAAAUAUUUGCUGAAAUGUAGGUCGUAACCUAACCUUUCCCAGAAACGAUAAAACUGCGAACGGAAGAUGAAGAUUAACAUGACUAUAAUACAGUUCUACAACUUUGCAUACAUCAAGAAUACUAAUUAAUAAACAGUUUAAUUAAAUAUAAUAUUCUCCCGUCAUAUAUAUACAUAUAUUCUCGUCAAUCUCCAUCUUUUGUCAACAGCUUUAUCGUUUUUGGGAGAGGUUAGGUUACGACCUACAUUUCUGCAAAUCUUUUUAACAAAUUCAUAAACUAUUAAUGAAAGAAUUUGCCUACCAAUUUGCAGAACUAAAAUCGAUUACUUUUAUUUCGGAAAAAGACUGCACGAUGAGCGCUUUUAUCACCCUAGUUACAGUAGCAAUGAUCUUACAUGACGUCAUCGGAAUUUUAUGACAAAAAAUAUAAGCUAUAUUCGCUGAGUCCGCAUUUUUUUCAGGUUUCAGGUCACGUGAAAAUUUAAAAAUCGUUUCUAUUUUCCAUUUAUUAAUUUUCUCUUAAUGUAAAAUAUCUUUUAUUAGAUGUACUCAUAAGCAUUUUCUAUAACUUCUCCACUCAUUUUUCUAGUUGUCGGGCAACGUAUUCGAUAAGACGACAUUUUAAGUAAUUUCGUGAUUAUUUAUCAAUUAAUUUACCAAUUAUGUUUAGUGUAGUAGUAGAAUUACUAUAGAAAAUGUUUCUGUAUUUUCUUCUGCUUCAAAAAUGUGAUUAUUAGCUAAAUGGAUUGUGACAUGCCGAAACAGUCGCAUUUGUAUUCAUGCAGCAUAUAUCCAUUUGAAACAGACUAUAAAACAAAGGACAAUAAGGCGUUUGUAUAAAUUAUUAGAACUGUCAUAAUACUUGAGAUAAAUAUUACGUAAUUGUAGUGAGCAGAAAAAAUUUAAAUUAUUAAAAUAUUACAAUUUGUUUAUGUAAAAUAAAAUAAAACCUAACAUAAAUUUUGAAUGUCAACCUUAGAUACAAUUUUUUAAAGGGAAAAUGAAAAAUUCAAGAGGUAUGCUUCAGGACAAAUAUUGAAUUGUUUUCUACCUAAGAAAACAAACUACAUUUAUCAUGUAAGAGUUUCAGGAACAGAAAAUCAAGUUAUAUUUUCAAGUCACAACCUUUACGAAGUUGGUUUUUAGGUAUGCAUGAGGAAAAUUACAUCAAAUUCUUCAACAAAAAAUACGACAGUUCUAUUUGACUGAAUUUUAAGAAUACGGACAACUUCGUUUUGUAUGAAUAUGUACGUUUUUCUAUAUAUAACAUGCAAAUGAGUGGUUAUUUGAACACAAAUGGAGAAAAAAAGCGCACAAAAUAGUAAAAUUAGAAAAAUUUGAAGCAGAGUAUUAAUUCUUACUGUUAACUAAAUCUAUCCACAGACAAUGUGUCGUUUUAUAGGAAUAGUUAAUCAACGAAUCGUUUUUAUUAUCCAAAAACGAACACUCCCAACUUAAACUGCUUAGAAUUUAAGGCGAAAUCAGUGUUAGAUGUUUGAUGUUGAACUCUUGUACUUUGUGUUUUCUGUUCUCUUAUUUUAGUUGUUUUGAAAUCUAAUCAUUCUUAACUUAAGAUACUAGCGAGAUACAAUCAAAGACAUAGAAAACAUUUUAUUAUUGUCAUUAUUCUAUUAAUAUAAUUUUUUGAUUCAAUUAGCGAUCUACCCUUCAUUUCCACGGUUUUUAAUGUUCUAUCGACUGCAAUUAAAUAAUCUAAAUAUUUUAUUGCAAAGAUGUAUUACAAAUGAAGCCUUUAAUUAAACAACACGUACUUAACAAAAAACAUUAAAAAAUAAAAUUAAUCAUUACGUAGGAGUUGCAAAAGGAUCAUCUGUCACGUAUAUAUUUACAAUGAUCAAAGAUCGUCAUAUAAUCUUGUCAGUAAAGGUAGAAUCACUCUCGGACAGCUUAGUGUUCCAUUGGUGAACGGUUUACCCCUUCAUACUCCCUUAGAAAUUACGGUAAAUGAUCUUCUUUUACUGAAAAUAGUUUAAUAUAAGAACAAAGGCUUUCACGGCCGGAAUCCAUAGUAGAAUGAAGAUUCGGGCUACAGGGCCGUGGUCUAA